AGACGAUGGAGGGAGAUCUCUUCAAUGCCGGUCCCAAAUUAGCCGAUUGCAGUUCUUACCUUCAGGCAGUUUGUGUGCUCGUGCUCUUACUUGAGUUUGACCAUUCUUCUUCUUCCGAGUGUUUAUUCCCCUAGAGUGCUAGCAAAAUGGCCGACACGUUGCUGGCUAUUGCCUCUGUCUCCCUGGCUGAGGGGUACUUUUUGCAGCGCUCCGUCUUGAAUGAACAUUCUUUCCAUUCCGUCUGCCUUGGGGCAGUGGGUGUCAAUUUAGCCCUGAAAAUAUUCUGGGAUUUCAUUAUAUAUCCUUUCUUCAUCACGGCAAAUCGUCAUUUGCCAACCGUCAAGGGCACCUUUGUAAAUGGGAAAAUCAUCUUUGACAACCCGCGGGGCCGGCUUCCCUUGCAAUGGAUGAAAACAAUCCCCAACGAAGGCCUGAUUCAUUUCCGAGAUGUGUUCAAUCGCAGCCAUCUAUUGCCUACCACUCACCAGGCUCUUUUGGAUAUCAUGAGCACCAAUACUUACGACUUUGAGAAACCAUGGCGUGCUCGCGAGUUCCUCGCUCGGAUCAUUGGCUUCGGCCUGAUCCUGUCUGAGGGCGCCGCGCAUAAGAAGCAGCGCAAGGCCUUGACUCCCGCCUUCAACAUCAAGAACAUUCGCUCACUGUACUCCCUGAUGUGGGAGAAGACUGGCCUCUUUCUUGAUGAACUGGAGAAGGAGAUCCGGCAGAAUCCAAUGGAAGGAACAACUCCGGAGGAGGGCGUGGGUAAGGUCGAAAUGAGCGUGUGGGCGAGCCGUCUCACUCUCGAUAUCAUCGGUCCGGCGGCCAUGGGUAGAGACUUUCGCUCUCUGCACAACCCAGAAAACAAAGUUGCCGAUAGCUUUCUUGCUAUUCUGGAACCAACCAAGGAGAAGAUGGCCUUCCUCGCCAUCAACUUCAUUCUUCCACAAUGGUUUGCACGGCGACUACCCUGGCGUCUGAACAAGGUGAUUGACACCGAAACCGGUUUCCUGCGUGAUUUAUGUAAGGACAUUGUUCGUGAGAAGAGGAAGACCAUUGUUUCCAGCAACAUGACCGCCAAGGAGCUGGAGGCAGAUAUCCUGGGAACCAUGAUGGUGGGCGGGGAUUUUACGGAUGACGAACUGGUGGAUCAAAUGCUGACCUUCCUGGCGGCUGGUCAUGAGACGACCGCCAGCGCACUCACCUGGGCCUGCUACCUUCUUACCCUCCACCCCGAUGUUCAAGAGCGUCUGCACGCGGAGAUUCGUGAGCAUAUCCCGUCUGGCGACCACCCUAUCACCUGGAGCGAUCUCGAAUCAAUGCCUCUGCUCAACGGCGUUUGCCAGGAAGUCCUGCGUCUAUAUCCCACCGUCCCCAUCACAAUCCGCGAAGCCGUCCGCGAUACGACCAUAGCGGGCAAGCACGUUCCCAAAGGCACUCAACGCUGGAUCGACACUGACAAGAAUGGCCAGAAGGUCGUCAACCACAAUGGUGGGGCGUCGACAAACUAUGCGCAAAUCACGUUCUUGCAUGGUCAGCGGUCCUGUAUUGGGAAGGACUUUGCUCGCGCCGAAUUGCGCUGUGCGGUUGCUGGUGUUGUGGGGCGCUUCAAGUUUGAGAUGCAGGAUCCUAAGCAGGAAAUUCAUAUUGCUGGCGCUGUGACGACCAAGCCUGUUGAGGGAAUGCAUUUGAAAAUGACCCGGGUGGAUGGAUGGUGA